AUGGCUACUCCGAGCGCCCUUCCUCCUUUCCCCUUCGAUCCGACCCGCGUACGAUCCUACGUCGUUCGAUUACCGCUGUUUACGCGACUCGUUCUCCUGGUCAUUGUUGCGUUCUUGUUGCUCGAGAUACAGUCGGUAUGGAGUGUGGUGAGAUGGGGUGCCUUGGUCCCAGAUGAGAUGGGGAUUCGAGGAAUGUAUCGACUCAAUACCUACCCCGUCAUCCAUCUAGGGUUUUUCCACGCCUUCCUAAACGUCUUGGCUCUGACGCCCCUGCUUGAGCGAUUCGAGGCGGAACAUGGGACUUUGACGGCGCUGCUCUUGUUUGUUGGACACGGAAGUAUCAUUGCUGACCUCCACGACAGCGUUUGGGUCUUUUUGCUCCUAGGAUCUGAAGCCAUCAAGACGUUCCGGGCCAAUCCAUAUUUCCUUCGGACUUGGAUACCUUCGAAUCUUCUUUCCAUCAGAGGUGGUCAUCCGCUGGAUCGAAGUAAAAUUAAAUCUUCUUGGUCGACUUCCGCAUUACGUGUCAGUAGACCAGAAGACACACGGCCGGUACGGCAUUCUUCCAACGACCUCGACGGUAGAGCCGACUGUAGCCAUGAGCUAUAUUGGGUCCUCGCAACGGUUAGGACCAUGAAAGCCCUCGGUGCAAUGUACUUCAAACAAUCACUUCAUGGCCAUAGUGGGACGGAGUUCCCACAGGUCGCUCUCUCUAUGGCGUUAAUAUCGCCGUCACUGGUCCGCAAAUUGCGCAACGACCCGUAUUUACUGUUUGCGCGGUUACCCCCCUUCGUCUCGUUUAUCUGCAUCAUUGUCGGCGUCGUCUGGCUGCUGCUGCUUCCACUCAACGAGUACUCGCGGCAGACGUACAUCUCGGAGAAUGCGCUACUGCCGGGACAGGUCCAUACGUACUUCGGGGGCAGUGAACAGAACAUCUUUCGGGGCUAUAAGAAGGAGUUGGAGGGGUUGCUGAUCGCCGACGAAGAGAAGGGGAGACAUGGAGAGACUGCGCCGGUGGUGUCGGAGAAGUUGCAGUCCAUAUUUCGGGCAUCCGGCCUGAAGGUCGCCACGCAGAACUACGAAUAUCACUCGGCGGGUGCGGUACACCAGGGGCAGAAUGUCUAUGCCAUCAUUCAAGCACCGCGGGGGGAUGCCACUGAAGCGAUUGCUCUGGUGGCGUCUUGGAGGACUGUCGAUGGCGAGUUGAAUCUAAAUGGCGUGGCCUUGGCCCUGACGUUGGCCAGAUAUUUCAAGAGAUGGUCUCUGUGGUCAAAGGACAUCAUAUUCUUAAUUACCCCGGAUAGCAAAUCUGGGACGCAGGCGUGGAUCGACGCCUAUCAUGAUAUGCACCCACCGUCCGUUCAGGCCCUGCCCUUGAAGAGCGGCGCGUUGCAAGGAGCCUUGGUCAUAGAAUAUCCGUUUGACCAUCGCUUUGAGUCUCUGCACAUUGUUUACGAUGGCGUCAAUGGCCAAUUGCCCAACCUGGAUCUCUUCAACACGGCUGUUUCCAUCGCCAGUGGCCAGAUGGGCAUCAGCGCCAACCUCCAGGAGAUGUGGGAGCACGACGACAGCUACGAGAAGCGACUGCAGACGAUGCUCCGGGGCAUGGUGAAGCAAGGCCUGGGCCUGGCGACCGGAGCUCACAGCAGCUUCAUCCCAUACCACAUCGAUGCUAUCACACUGCAGACGAAAGGCAAUGGCUGGCAAGAUGAGAUGGCGUUGGGCCGAACCGUCGAGAGUCUCUGCCGCAGCUUGAACAACCUCCUGGAGCAUCUACACCAGAGUUUCUUCUUCUAUCUCCUCAUGCAGACUAACCGCUUUGUCAGUAUCGGGACCUACAUGCCUAGCGCAAUGCUGAUCGCUGCCAAUUUCACCAUCAUGGCCGUCGCAUUGUGGCUGAGGAGUGGAUACAAGGCCGCGAUAUCUCCCUCUUCCCCGAGCACUCAAGGUUGUGCCGAUGAGAAGAAAUCGGGUCAAGGACAUGAUGCCCAAAAGUCAAAACCGUCGACGGAUGCAGAAGACAACGGGCUGAAUGGCGUCCUGGAGCGACAGCUCGCUCUGCCUCUGACCUUGGUCACGGGACUGCACUUCCUGGGUGUUGUUCCCUUGUACAUUUUUAACACGAUCUCGUCCCAGUACUUCACCACCGCGACUUACGCAUUCGUCGUUAUCAGCGCCGUUCUGCCUCUGAUCUUCGCCGUCCUGCUGACCCAUGGCCCCAACGGAUCCGCGCCGACUCCGCAGCAGUAUUUGCUCAUCAAGUCCUUCUCGCUGCUCCUUCUGGGCCUCUUCCUGUCGGCCCUGGCGACCUUGAACUUCUCGCUCUCGUUCAUGAUCGGCCUCGUCUGCGCGCCGCUGAGCUUCAUCGGCCGCAUCCCCAAACAUCCCGAAUCCAACAAGCCCAGGGUCAUGGUGAAUCUGACCACCGGUCUUGGCCUGCUGCUCAUGAACCUGCUCUCCCCGCCUGCCGUACUGCUGGCGGCAUGCUGGUACACGGGCAUCCCCGUCUCGACCGUCCUGACAGAGGCGGCUUUCGGAUGGGACGUAUGGGGCAUGUGGACGCCUGUGGUGGUGUGUGUAGCGUUCUUCCAAUUAGUCAUUCUUGUUACUUUCAUCCCUAGAGAAAAGAGGGAAAGACGAUAG